AUGACACCCGGGAUUGGCGGCUUCAGCGGUCUCUUCGCUUUGGGGGACGACUACCUUGCUGCUAGCGCUGACGGAGUGGGGACAAAGCUGAAGCUUGCUUUCGAAACUGGUAUUCAUGAUACAGUUGGCAUUGACCUGGUGGCAAUGUGCGUCAAUGACAUCAUAACUUCAGGUGCAAGACCGCUAUUCUUCCUAGAUUACUAUGCAACGAGUAAGCUUGAUGUUGAUGUUGCAGAGAAGGUUAUCAAGGGGAUUAAGGUUGGGUGCCAACAAUCAGGUUUUGCUCUCCUAGGAGGGGAGACAGCAGAAAUGCUUGGUUUCUAUGCAGAGGGUGAAUAUGAUCUAUGUGGUUUUGCUUUGGGUAUUGUGGAAAAGGAUAAAGUCAUUGAUGGAAAUAACAUUGUUAAGGGAGAUGUCCUUAUAGGUCUUCCUUCCAGCGGGGUUCAUUCUAACGGAUUCUCUCUUGUUAGAAGAGUAUUGGAGAAAAGUGGACUUUCCUUGAGUGACCAGCUCCCAAGAAAUGAUGGCAUAACAACUACUGUUGGUGAAGCUCUAGUGGCUCCAACUGUUAUCUAUGUUAAGCAGGUGCUUGAGAUUAUUAGCAAGGGUGGUGUUAAAGGACUAGUCCACAUUACUGGUGGUGGCUUUACUGAAAAUAUUCCAAGAGUGUUUCCUUCUGGACUCGGUGCCAAAAUUUUUACUGGGUCAUGGGAAGUGCCUCCUGUCUUCAGCUGGCUUCAACAGGCUGGGAACAUUGAUGAUGCAGAGAUGCGGCGAACGUUCAAUAUGGGCAUCGGAAUGGUUCUUGUGGUAGGAAGAGAGUCUGCGGACAGAAUUAUUGAAGAGACCCGUGGAGCAAAUCCUGCUUCUCGCAUUGGAGAGGUGAUCCAGGGUGAAGGGGUUCAGUAUGUCUGA